CUUCUUAUUCCCUUCAAAACCUGUCACAUCUGUAAGCGUCGCAGCGAGCUUGCGUGUCGGAACCACUGCCUCCAUCGAUUCAAGCUCCUCCCUUCUUCUCAGCAUGGAUACACGAGCAUCGCUCCCGCUCGUGCCCCUUCAUUUGACCUCCCUGGCGAUCCUUACUCCGACAAAUGCACCUCUCUAUGUCCACUCGUUCACAGGCAGAGAAGAUGAGCUGAGGCACUAUCAUCUCGCACACGCAGCUAUCGAUGUCAUGGAAGAGAGAAUCGUGAUGACUUCAACGCCAACAAAACCCGCUGACUCGUACCUGGGCCUGUUGUUCUGUAUGGAGGAUAUGGCAUUCUAUGGUUUCCAGACAACGACAAAGCUGCGAAUGAUUCUCUCCGUAGCUCUCGUCGACGCGAUGAUCAAAGAUGGGGAUAUCAUCUCGAUCUUCCGAGCGGUCCAUCAUCUGAUAAUGACAGCUGUCAAUAAUCCGUUCCUAUCGCUCCCUUCGUCGUUCAAGGCUCGCCCGGCUUCGCGGACUGAAUCAGUCCAUGGCCAGCUUCUUGGCUCAGCUGCGGCCACGCAGCAGGCAUCCACUGACGAACUUCCGCCAAGGAACGAGAAGAUCAUCAACGCCCCCUUCACGAGCGAGAAGAUAUUCGCGGCUGGUCCUGAGGACAUUCAGGAGGACUGGUUGAGGAACAGUCGAAGGUUCCAGUUGGGCAUUAGGCGUUUAGGGGAUCUGCUGUCGGGAGGCAGGAAUUGAUGGGCGAUCGUCGGCAUGGUAGGUCGUAGCGUACCGAGACAAUCUGCUGAUGAUCUCCUAGUCUAUUGGUCUUCAUUAGACGAUGACGCGACAGCGCAUCGACCAGAUCCGCGAACCCCGCCUUGAGCUCACCGCCAAAAUCCCGGUCAACGACGCUGCAUCUUGAAGGACGAGUCUGGUCGUCUUCCGUUUCAAGUCUGCCCAGUCCACCCCUCCAUUGUAGCCCACGCAGGUUACACGGAGGGUUCUGACCUAGAUCGAACGCGAAAAUGCCCUACUUUUGACACUGCGAUAGCCAAAGAUUUGUGGUCGUAGUGACAGAUACUGGGCAUACAGAUCUUGUAAUGAUGCUAUAUAUGAAAGGCACGAUUAACGAUUGUA